UUUAUAGACAACAUAUGCAAUCACGUUAUAAGUUAUAACUAAUAUAAAGGAUCUAUUAAAACAAGUUUAAGUUUGAUCAUAACUUACGAAUUCUUAUAUUUGCUUAUUAAGGAACGUGGUUUUAUCAGUUAACUUGUGGUGUAUGAGGACUAAUACAAGCCUAGUGGCUAAUUGAAAACUAGCUACACUAUAUUCCUUUUUCCAUAAAUUUUUAAUUUUGAGUGGCAUUCAUAUGAUUCGUUGUUUUGUCAUUCAACAUCGGUGGCUACUUCAGCUAUCAAACAAAAGUUGACUUCUGACUUUCUUUUCUUUUGCUCACUUAAAAAAUUUCUUAAAUUUUGUUUCGAAUGAAAAUUUAUUAUUUAUUUUGAAUAGUAAACGAAGAUAUAUAAAGUUUCAAAAAAGUAUCACUAGAAAUGACCUAUACUGUUAAAAGAGAAAACUAUAACCUUUGGUCCUAUUCAGUGAAUCUCUUCUGUUUGGUCUUCAACUGGCAAACACAACCGUACAUACAAAGAAUAACAGAUCAAACAGAAAGCGUUAAAUACUUAUAAUACUAAAGUAACGUCAUGCAAACGACCCGAGUGAGCCCUGCCUACCUCCCAUGUGUAAUACUAGUUUGUCAAUUUCUUUUUCCAUUGUACGUUAUAGUUCAACAAAAUAUACUUUUCUUUCUUUUUUCUAAAAAGAUUAUACAAUUUGUUAAAAACGAAGAAGAUUCCUAAUUGGAACUUUGUAACCAAUCAGUUUUCAAGGUUUUUUCUAUAAUAUAUAUUAAACACCUUUUAUUUUCCAAAAUCUCUGCAUCUUCUCUCUAAAGCCAUCAUCUUAGUUUUGGUGUCUGCCUGGUUAUUGGUCGACGGUCAAAGACUAUUUUGUGCUUCUCCUAAAGAACGAUCUUAAGGCUUCAUCAUCAUGAGAGUGUUUCUAGGUCUCUUGCUUCUCUUGGCCUUGACCAAAUCUUCAAGUGCAAUUUACUGUCUCUGCAAAGAUGGGGUAGGAGAGAAAGAGCUCCAAACAGCAAUAGACUAUGCAUGUGGAAGCUUAGCAGAUUGCAAUCCAAUCCAUGAUAACGGUCCUUGUUACCAACCAAACAACAUCAAAAGCCACUGUGAUUGGGCUGUUAACAGCUACUUUCAGAAAGCAUCUCAAGUCUCUGGAAGUUGUAAUUUCUCCGGAACUGCCACUACCAAUCAAAACCCACCUUCCAAUUUGGUUACUGGUUGCAUAUAUCCUUCAAGUGCAUCAACAACAUCACCAACGGGAACAACUCUAACAAACGGAACUACUCCUGCGUUUGGUCCAACCGGAACAGGAGGCUUUCAAGGAAAUGGUGCUUCCAGUUUGGUCAUUUCCCAUGUUUUAACACACUGUUUCUCAUCACUAGUGUUUCUAUGGGGUUCUGAUGUAAGGCUGGGAUUUAGCCACGCGUAGAGAGACAAAGACAUCCACUUAGAUGGAUUCGUCUUUGAUUCUCUUUUGGGUGGAGAAAGAAGCUUAGUUGUUUGUUGUGGUUUCUUUCUUUGUUCUUUCAUAAAAUAUGUAAAGGUUGGUCUAAUUGGAACCUUGAGUUAAGAAAA